CGGGGCUAAAGAUAGGCCGCGGUGGAGCGGGCCGGGGAAGGAGGACUAAAAGGAGAGUGGACCUCUGUGACAGAACAGGACCCGCUCAGUGCGAUAAGGAGUUAACGACACGGGAGCUCAGAGACCAACGGAGGCCAGAUCACUGUCUGAGGGUCCAAUCAGUUACCCACAAAUGAGCCUUUUAAUGGGGAAUGUUAUUUUGGCUUCUUUUGUGCUUAGAGCAGAACUGGACUGGGUGAGACUUCAUGAACGCGGCACCUGCAGACUCUGGAUCUGAAAAAGGACUCGACCUUAACAAAUAAGAAAAACAUAGAGGCUAAAAAAACGUAAGCGUGAGAUUCAAAUGAAGAGAAUCACAUUUGAGUGGUGACGACUGAGUCAGUGAAGAGGGACAGCAGCAGCAGCGAAUGUCAUCUGGCCUUAGCUGGGGCGGGGGGCUUCGCAGUUUAAAAUGGUGUGAAUAUGAUAGCCAUCAGUACAGCUUAUGCAAGUGGGGAUCCGUCUGCACGGCCGCACGGUGACAUUACAGAGGAGCGAAUCUGAGGGAAACACGACGGCGCCACUAUUUUGGAGCUCAACAAAGCGCACGGCUGCGACCUGGGAGUCGAAGGGACCGAGUCUCUCUCUCGCUGCAUGAGCGAAGGAGUGGGGAGAAGGAACGGGUUUACCCUCGGAGGGGUAAAAGAUGACCGUGGUGCCCCCGGAGAACCACGAAGAGACCGUCGCCGCCACUUCUGCGCUACGAGACGCUGGGAGCUUGGAGCCGGCGGAGCAGGAGUGCAGCGAGAGGGUGGUGAUCAACAUCUCGGGCCUGCGGUUCGAGACGCAGCUGAAGACGCUGUCGCGCUUCCCGACCACGCUUCUGGGGGACCCGCGUAAAAGGAUGCGCUUCUUCGACCCGCUGAGGAACGAAUACUUCUUCGACCGCAACAGGCCGAGCUUCGACGCCAUCCUCUAUUACUACCAGUCGGGCGGGCGGCUCCGCAGGCCCGUGAGCGUGCCCGUGGACAUUUUCCUGGAGGAGAUCAAGUUCUACGAAUUUGAGGACGAGGUCAUAGAACUGUUCCGGGACGACGAAGGCUUGGCUCGGGAGGAGGACCGCCCGCUGCCCAACAACGAGUUCCAGCGCCAGCUGUGGCUCCUGUUCGAGUACCCAGAGAGCUCCGGACCCGCGCGGAUAAUUGCUAUCGUGUCCGUUAUGGUCAUUUUAAUAUCCAUUAUUAUAUUUUGCUUGGAGACGUUGCCGGAGUUCAGAGACGUCCCCGCAGUGCAGGACAACCCAGGCAACGGCAGCGCACAGGGCACCGCGGCCCACCUCUUCACGGACCCGUUCUUCAUGGUGGAGACCCUGUGCAUCGUGUGGUUCUCGUUCGAGUUCACCAUGAGGUUCCUCUCGUGCCCCAGCAAAGCGGUCUUCUUCAAGAACAUCAUGAACCUGAUCGACAUCGUGGCCAUCGCGCCGUACUUCAUCACGCUGGGCCUGGAUCUGGCCGAGCACCAGGGCAGCAGUCAGCAGGCGGCGUCGCUCGCCAUCCUGAGGGUCAUCCGUCUGGUGCGCGUCUUCAGGAUCUUCAAGCUUUCCAGACACUCCAAGGGUCUGCAGAUCCUCGGCCAAACGCUGCACGCGAGCCUCAGGGAGUUGGGGUUGCUCAUCUUCUUCCUGAUCAUCGGCGUGGUCCUGUUCUCCAGUUCCGUUUACUUUGCGGAAGUGGAAGACCCCGACUCUGUAUUCACCAGCAUACCGGAUGCGUUCUGGUGGGCUGUGGUGACAAUGACCACCGUUGGUUAUGGAGACAUGUAUCCCUCCACCAUAGGCGGAAAAUUUGUUGGAUCUCUUUGCGCCAUCGCAGGAGUGCUCACCAUCGCGUUGCCCGUUCCCGUUAUCGUGUCAAACUUUAAUUAUUUCUACCACCGGGAGAACGAGGAGGAAGAGAACGUCGCGUACGUGCACGUGACCUGCGGACAGGCCUCGUUUGGUGAAUGCGACUCGAACAAAAGUAAACAGUCGCUCUCCAAGACGGAGUCCUACCAGGGGAGCGACGACUUGGAGACGCUGACUGAUCCGAACACGAACCCAGUGGAGAUUUACACAGGGAAACUGACGGACGUGUAAAGUACUGUGGGCGGUGGCGCCGAGGUCAGAAUAAAUGAUCUCCCAGCGCCCUCCUGUGGACGAUGGGGGGUCCUACACACAUUGGCGGCGUUGCCUUGUUGUUACAGCUGGCGUGCACUCACUGAGCCUUACACCCUGGAGAUCAUGCUGUGUGACUCAUUACGAGCCUGUGAAGGUGAGCUGCCUCCGCGUUCUCUCACCCCCUUACUGUACGUUAACACAGUGGGUUUGUGUUUGUUUGCAGGAAGCAGACGAUGAGGCCAAGUGUGGCAUUCUGUUCUUCUCCAAGAACCUGGAACUCUCAUGGACUAUUCCUGUACGGCCAGUGAUGUGGCCUACAGAGAUCUCAGGACGGAAACGCUCGCAAAGUGCAUGUGUCACCACUAGAAAAAAGGAAAUUCUUAAAUGACCAGCGUUCCUUGUGUAAAGGUGUCGUGUAAAUGCAGCAUGUUUGUUUUUUCCCCUCUUCUUAUGCAGCGUUUAAUGCACAUUUGGAACCUUAACUUACCUCUGUGAUGUAACAAACUUUCAGAUUGCUUUGCUGCUCGCUGUAAACAACUUGGCUGGAGGAAACGUCUGCAUGACAUCGAGUCUUUAUGAACUUUAAAUACAACAAAAUUUUUAUUUUUCUAACUUAAACACACCUGUAAACUUCACUUCAUGUUUUUUUAUAAAUAAACAGUGGUACAGAAAACAGA